AGUCUAUGUAUAAAGGCAAGUGUUGCUCCAACUGGCCCAUUGCUUUGCGUGAACCCAUAGUGAUACAUCAGUGAAAUAUUUUUAUUUUAUAAGAAUGAAUCCUUUGCAUCUACUUCUAUUACCAUGCGUCCUCGCUGUGAGUCUCACCGGCUCAGCUGACCAAUCUCAAGGUCGUGGUGGAUAUGGUCUACUAAGACCGAACCCGAAUUACUCAGGAUAUAACGGUGGAUACAAUGGAUACAAUAAUGGAUACGGAGGCUACGGCGGUGGAUAUAACGGAUAUAAUGGAUACAAUCCAGGGUUUGGCGGCCCCGGGAUAGGAUCAGGUCAAGGAUAUCCCAGUAAUUAUCCAGGCGGAUAUGGCGGCUACCCUGGCUACUCCGGCGGACCUUACGGAGGUAAUCGUCCAUACAAUAGGCCGGGUUAUGAUGGAAGACCGAAUUACAACUACAUACCAAGCAACUACCAGUCUAAUUACCCGGGCUAUAGACCCGGAUAUAACCAGUAUAGACCCGGUUUCGACCGGCCGUACCAGGGUAAUGGAUAUUUCGACGGAGUUCGUGAUGGAUAUGACAACUUUGGAUUAUUGGGAAGAAAAGUGUCGGAAAUUAAGAAGGACGAUGCUUGAGUGUAAAUUAAAAAACAUAUUUAAUAAUUUAAAUAUUUUUUAUAUUACUUUAUAAGACUUUAAUAUAGAAUUUAA